UGGGGAACAGUUUUGGGUGGGUUCGUUUGAGGGGACAAUUUGGACUAUAUUUUGAGGGAUCAUUUUGGGGAAAAUAUAUUGACAUUUGGAGAAAAAUUUCAGAAAACAUUCAAGGGAUUUUUUUGGAAGGAUAUUUUUAGGACAGAUGUUGGGGUCAUUUAGGGGGAUGAUUUUGGAGAAACUUAAGGAAUUUGAGGAUGACAUUUUGGAAUGCAUUACAUGCUAAGUAAGUUUUUGGGGAACAGAUCUUGGAACAUUUGGGGGACAAUUGUGGCAUUUUGGGGUCAGUUUAAGAAGGAUGAAUGACAGAGGACAGUUCUGAAGGACAUUUAAAGGGACCCUUUUAGGGGCUCUUAUGGGAAGAUUUUGGAGGUGGGGGUGAUGUUGGAAAGGGGGUUUUCACUAAAAGACCGGCUGGGUGCUGAUCUGGGGGAAAUUUAAAGGGAUGAUGCCCGUAGUGGGUGUAGGAUGGACCUGGGGGCAGAUGCUGGGGGAUGCAGACUGGGGGGAUGCUGUCUCAGACCCCUUCCCCAGGACUACCUCCCCCUGCAGCUGCGGCUCAGCCCCACUGACCUUGGCUCCUGCCCGCCCUGCGGCCCCUGCCCCAUCCCGAAGCCGGCAGCCAGAGGCAGGCGCCAGGCAAGUGCCCAGGGGCAGGUGGUGAAGCCUGGGAGCUCCGGCCAGGGGGAGCGGGGAGGGGGCAGUGAUCGCUUGGCCCCACGACCCUCUGGGUGUGCCCCGCAGAGCCAGGAGUGGGGCAAAAGUGAUGAGCGUCUGCUGCAGGCUGUGGAGAGCAAUGACGUAGCGCGGGUGGCCGCCCUCAUCACCCGGAAGGGGCUGGUGCCCACGAAGCUGGACCCCGAGGGCAAGUCCGCAUUCCACCUGGCUGCCAUGAGGGGUGCAACCAGCUGCCUAGAGGUGAUGCUGGCUCACGGUGCCAACGUCAUGAGCACAGAUGGGGCAGGUUACAAUGCCCUCCACCUGGCCGCCAAGUAUGGGCACCCACAGUGCUUGAAGCAACUGCUACAGGCGUCCUGCGUGGUGGAUAUUGUGGACAGCAGUGGGUGGACGGCCCUGCAUCAUGCAGCGGCCGGUGGCUGCCUCUCCUGCUCAGAAAUGCUUUGCUCCUUCAAGGCACAUCUGAAUCCCCGAGAUCGGUCAGGUACAACGCCCCUUCUCAUAGCGGCUCAGAUGUGUCACACAGAUUUGUGCCGCCUUCUCCUGCAGCAGGGGGCAGCUGCAAAUGACCAGGACCUGCAGGGCAGGACAGCCCUGAUGCUGGCCUGUGAGGGGGCCAGCCCCGAAACAGUGGAGGUGCUGCUGCAGGGUGGGGCCCAACCAGGCAUCACCGACGCACUGGGCCAGGAUGCUGCUCACUACGGAGCCCUAGCAGGAGACAAACUCAUCCUGCACCUCUUGCAGGAGGCAGCCCAGCGCCCUUCACCACCCAGUGACGAUGACUCAGGCGAGGCAUCAUCUCAGAACUCUGUGUCCAGCCAUGAAAAGCGAGGGGCUCCCAAGAAGCGGAAAGCACCUCAGCCCCCUGCCAGCAUCCCCGUGCCGGUGAGAGAUGCCCCGGCCAGGCCAUGGCGGGGAGGAACAGGGGCAGGCAGGAGGGGAGGAAGCUCUGGCUCAGGUACGGGAGGGGACAGCCCGUGGGCCUCAUGUGAAGCUGGUGGGUCCCUGGGGCGGAGGAAACAGGAUGAUCAAGAUGCCUACGAGGAGAUCGUGCGGCUGCGACAGGAGAGGGGCCGCCUGCUGCAGAAGAUCCGGGGCCUGGAGCAGCACCAGGAACAGAGGAAGCAGGAGCUGCCAGAGGCAGAGGCCAGCUCCCUCCACAGCCUGGAGAGACAGGUGCAAGAGCUGCAGCAGCUGCUGGCUGAGAAGCAGGAGGAGAAGGAGAGCCUGGGACGGGAGGUGGAGAGUCUGCAGAGCCGGCUGUCCCUGCUUGAGAAUGAGCGGGAGAACACCAGCUAUGAUGUGGCCACUCUGCAGGAUGAGGAGGGCGAACUGUCUGACUUUCCAGGGGCCGAGGCUCUGCUCUCCAAACGGCUAAGCCCCUCAGCCCAGGAGCUCUUGGCCUCACUGCAGGAGCAGGUGGCUGCACUCACCAGACAAAACCAGGAGCUGAUGGAGAAGGUCCAGAUCCUGGAGAGCUUCGAGAAGGACGAGAUGGAGGUGAACGGGUCGGCCGAGGUCAUCCCUCUGGCCCUCUACGACUGUCUUCGGGCUGAGUUCGACCAGCUCCGCAGGCAGCAUGCCGAGGCUCUGCGGGCACUGGAGCGACAGGAAACAUGGGGCGCCCCUGGGGAGGGCAGGGCCACGGGAGGCAAGACCACCAGGAAUGGGCCAAUGGAAAUGGAGCUUGACGGCGCCACGGCUCUGGGAUCCAAAGUGAACGGAGCUGAGACCACAGACGAAGGGGCUACAGGAGUGGAAUCUGUGGAAGCAGCUUCUGUGGGGGCUGAGGCCACAGAGGCAAAAUCCACGGGGGCCGAGGCCACAGAAACAAAACCCAUGGACACCGAAGCCACAGAAACAAAACCCAUGUGGGCCAAGGCCACAGAACCCGAGGCUCUGGAAGAGGGAGGAAAUCCAGAGGCAAAGGCCACGGGGGGCGAGGCCACAGAACCGGAGGCUCUGGAAGAGGGAGGAAAUCCAGAAGCAAAGGCCAGGGGAGCCGAGGCCACAAAGCCGAAAGCAGAGGAACGGGAAAUGAGGGCCAGCAGAGCAGGCGGCGUGGAGGCCGAGUCUGCAGGCGCAGAGACCACGCAUGUGGAGGCCACAGCGGUGGGGGCCGCAGUCCCGAAGGCCUCCCCGGGCCCGGUCCUCCACCCUGGUGCUGCAGAGGCUUCCGAACAGCUGCAGGCAGAGCUGGAGACCCGGAUUCGCGGCUUGGAGGAGGCACUCUGGCAGCGGGAGCGGGAGGCGGCCGCCGAGCUGGAGGCGGCCCACGGCAAGUGCCAGGCCGUAGAGGCGGAGGCCGGCCUGCUCCGGGAGCGGGUGCGCCAGGCUGAGGGCGGCGAAGCUGCUGGGGGCAGUGACAUGGUCCAGCUGCGGGCCGCCCUGGAGCAGGCCCGGGAGGACCUCGGAGUGCGGGACGCCCGCCUCCGGCAGCUGGAGGCGGCCUCAGCCUGGCUGGACGAGGCCCGGGCUGGCCGGCUGCUGGCCGAGGAGGAGGCCCGGGGCCUGCGGGCAGAGCUGGAGCGGCGGGAGGAGGUGCGGCUGGAGCAGAGCCGGGAGCUGCAGGUGCUGCGGGAGCAGCUGGCCACGGCCACCGCCGCCGGGGAGCGGCAGCAGGCUGUGGCCGCUGAGCUGGGCCGAGCACGGGAUGCAGCUGAGGCCCGAGCGGCUGAGCUGGCCGCGGCCUGCGAGGAGGCUCGGCAGGGCCUGGCGGAGCUGCGCGAGGCUUCCGAGGCCCUGCGUCAGUCGGCGGUGCCGGCCUCCGAGCACCGCCGGCUGCAGGAGGAGGCCCUUGAGUUGCGGGGCCGGGCGGCCAGCCUGGAGCGGGAGGUGGUGGCCACGGGCAAGGAGGCCGCCCGGCUGCGGGCCGAGCUGGAGCGGGAGCGCGUGGGGGGCGUGGCCAGCCUGGAGCACGAGCGCAUCGUGGGCGCCCUGCAGGCUGACGUGGCCCGGCUGGAGGGGCAGCUGGAGGAGCUGGGGCGACGGCAUGAGAAGACCAGCGCCGAGGUCUUCCAGGUCCAGAGGGAGGCGUUGUUCAUGAAGAGUGAGCGGCACGCGGCCGAGGCCAAACUGGCCACCGCAGAACAGCAGCUGUGGGGGCUACGGACCGAGGCCGAGCGGGCACGCCAGGCCCAGAGCCGCGCCCAGGAGGCCCUGGACAUGGCCAAGGAGAAGGACAAGAAGAUCACAGAGCUCUCCAAGGAAGUCUUCAGUCUUAAGGAGGCCCUGAAGGACCAGCCAGCGGCCCCAGGCACCCCUGAGGUGGAGGCCCUCCAAGGCCAGGUCAAGGCCUUGCAGGAGCAGCUGAAGCAGGCUGCCAGGAACCACAGUGCCGUGGUGGCCUCGUAUAGGAGCCACCUCCUGUAUGCCAUUCAGGUGAGUCCCGCCUGGCCACCAACACUCCGGCCUGUUCUCCCAUCUGUACAGGAGGAGAGAUUCAUGGCCUCCAGGGGUGGGGUGGGAGGGAACCGGGAAGCCAGAGCAGGAGUGCCCAGGCUCUCUCUCUCUCUCUCUCUCUCUCUCUCUGCUUUCCCCCAUCCCAGGGUCAGAUGGAUGAAGAUGUGCAGCGGAUCCUGAGCCAGAUCCUACAGAUGCAAAGACUCCAAGCUCAGGGCCGCUGAGCACCACAGCACUGACCCUCUGCCCGCCAGGCUCACGCGUGGGGGCGUCCAGGCUCACGCGCUGACCUUCUAAGCUCGGACACCAGCCUGGGCCUUCUCUACUGUACUUAGCUGCGUCCACUGCCCCACUGGUCCCCACAUGCACUGGCCGGUGUCAUCCCCAGCCCUGACUGUGCCCCCGCCCCAACCGGAGAAUCUGUGAGCCCCCUCUCCCGCGUCUGGUCCUGUCGGUCCUGUAACCAGGCAGCACCCCGGACCCUGGGAAUAAAAGCUCUCAGAGCAGAGGAUGAAUGUGUAUGGCCUGAUCGCUGGGCCCCUGUGGCAGGGAGGAGAGGGGUGGCCUAGAGCAGGGACUGGCAGGUGAGGCACUCACCUCCUGCACCAAUGACUCAGACCCCGGAAUGAGUACUGUGUGCGUGCGGUGUUGUAAAAAGUCAGAAGUCCACGAUGAACAAACCGUCCAAAUGUUAAGUGACGACAGCAUCCAAGUCGGCGUGUGCCCUGAGUCACCUUCCUCACCCUAAAUCCAGCCCCCCUGGGAGACUCCCACCCCCAGCCUCCCUGCCCUUGGGCAAGUCCCCUGAAAUCCCCCGGGGCUUCUUGGCUCUUUCCAGCCGAGGUGGGGGAGGUGGGAAUAUGGCCUGUCUCCGGGGUUUCCUUGAGCGUCCGGGGCCGGCACC